AUGGGUGCCAACUACAUGGAGUUACAGCCAGGUGCUCAGGUCCCGCCUCGGUUGUUGGUCAACCAUCACGCGAAAGGCUUCUCGAAACGCAAAAAGGCAAAUGUCCUCGCCCUCAUGCGCCGCCGAAUCUGGACAUUUCCUCUGAUCCUCACGAUUGCGAUGCUCUCCCUAUACGCCAUCAACCCGACCGAGUCCAACCCCACAUACCACUUCAUAUUCCCAUCCUAUAAGCUGGAAAAUGACAGCGGCAACACGACACAAUACGGGAAGGGCCCCUGGGACAUCGCAUUUGUCUGUUUUUACACCGUAGUCCUGACCUUCACGCGCGAGGUCUGCAUGCAGGAGAUGCUAGGGCCGCUUGCUCGCGUAUGGGGCAUCAAGUCGCGAGCUAAGCGGGCACGCUUCGCGGAGAAUAUGUACACAGCGCUCUAUGUCACUGCUAUUGCCCCGUGGGGUAUGCACGUCAUGAGCCGCACACCAGUGUGGUAUUUCAAUACCCACGGAAUGUACGCGGACUUCCCGCACCGUACGCACGAUGCCAGCUUCAAGUGCUACUACCUCCUCCAGGCAGCCUUCUGGGCGCAGCAGGUGGUGGUCAUGGUCCUGGGGUUGGAACAGCGGCGCAAGGACUUCCAGGAACUCGUCGCGCACCACGUCGUGACGGUGGCACUCGUCGCGCUGAGCUACCGUUUCCAUUUCGCCUAUAUGGGCAUCGCGGUGUACAUCACGCACGACAUCAGCGACUUCUUUCUGGCCGUCUCAAAGUCGCUGAAUUAUCUUGAGAACAGGCUUCAGGGCGUGUCGUUUGGUGUGUGUAUUGCUGUGUGGAUUUAUCUCAGACACUACAUCAACCUGCGGAUUCUUUACUCGGCGCUGCCUGGCUCCGAGUUCAGUACCGUCGGGCCGUACGAGCUGAACUGGGAAACCGAGCAGUACAAAUGUCCCUUGUCGAACGUCAUCACAUUUGGGUUGUUGGCUGCGCUUCAAGCCCUGAAUCUGUUCUGGCUGUAUUGCUUGCUGCGAAGCGCCUACAAGUUUGUCUUCUUGGGGGUUGCGAAAGAUGACAGAUCGGAGGAUGAAGAAGAGUCGGUGAUUCAGCCGUCUGUUCAAGGGGAAGAACCCGCAACUGUGGGCAUAUCAGCCCAGGAAGUCGAGAAACAUCGGAAGGACUUUCCAUCUCGCGUUACUGGUAAUGGAGCUGUAUACAUGCAAGGGCCUUUGCAAGGAAGAAAACCGAGGAAGACCUCGCAAUAG